AAAAACACCAACCAACCAAAAACCAUGAAAUGAAAUGAAAAGAAAAGAAAAUAAUUUUCUAAAAUUCUAAUUUAGAAAGCAUUUUGCAAAAUAAUUUUGGUGCGACUAUCUUUGGGUUUUGGGGGUUGAUUUUAAGGCAUAAAAGAAGAGAAACAGCAAGCAUCGGCUCUGGCAUUGUACCCGGAUCCGACAUUGUCGGACCCACAUUAUAAUACCCUUUUCUUAAAUGUCUACUCGUUACUCUUCUCUCUGAUUCAUUCCUCAUCCCCAACCCCAUCCCCAUCCUCCUUCUUCUUCUUCCUCUUCUUCUUGCAGAGGGAGAGAGACGCGAACCCAUUUUCCAUUGUCAGAUCUAUUUUGCAUUAGCAGUUAAGGAGUUUUGACACAAAGGGUAAUGGGCAGCUGCGUGUCAACACCGUCAAAGAAAAUCAGAUCAAGAAGAAAGCGCCGUCAUCAUCUGAAUAAACGCCACCACGGAAAGAUCAGCAGUGCUGUCUCAGAUAUCUCUUCCAAGAAAAAGACUAAUAAUGAUAAUGUAACAGACUACGCUGUUCGUGAGUUUGUUAGAAUGGACUUUGACAAUGGCGAGACAACCACUUGCAGAAGAUCUGAGGUUGCAAAUGCCACUUUCCAUCUUACCCAGUUGCAAUGGCACCGCAGUCAGUGUGACCCUAAUGUCAUGUCCCAUGAGGAAGCUUGGUUUGACUCGGUCAGUAUUUUGGACUCUGAUUCAGAUGAUGAGUUUAGCAGUGUACAUGGAGAUGGUUUUCCAUUAGUAGGCAAUGCUAUGGGGAACAUCCCAACAGGCCAAGUCCUUCAGUAUGAAAGAUCAGCUUGCUUUGUUGACAACAAGUGCAAGUAUGAAGAAUUUCAGAGCUUUGUGAAAGUAGAUGGAGGAAAGGCUGAUGAAGUAUGUAGCAAGAGGAAGAAGAUACUAGACCAUGCUCUUGGAAGUUUUAAAGGUUUCAAAGACGAUAAGCGUGACUCUGAUGAGAAAAUUCGGGAGAAUAGGAAAUCUGGUUUGAAGCACUUAUUACCUGCUGUAAGCUUCAAUGACAAACUUCUACAUCAAUCAAGUAUGUGUCCUCAGUCUCAAAAAAGACCUUCAGCAGUUUUCAGGCUUUCUUUCAAAAGGAGAUCCUGUGAAAGAGAAGAGACCAUUGAACAUUGCCAAUCAAAAAGGUACUUGUAUCAUCCUAGAGCAGGACAUAUUAUCCCAUGCUGUACAGGAGACAAGCCUACUUCAGGAUGUUGGACAGAGAUUCCACCUUCAUCCUUUAAACUCCGAGGCGAAAACUUUUUUAAAGAUAAGAAGAAAUCACCUGCCUCAAAUCAUUGUCCAUAUACUCCAAUCGGUGUUGAUUUAUUUGUCUGUCCUAAGAAGAUUAACCAUAUUGCUCAACACAUUGAGCUCCCAAAUGUAAAAGCAGAUGGAAAAGUACCUCCACUCCUCAUUGUGAAUAUCCAGUUGCCCACUUAUCCUGCUGCAAUGUUUCUUGGGGAUAGUGAUGGAGAGGGGGUGAGCCUUGUACUAUAUUUUAAAGUGUCAGACACUUUUGAGAAAGACGUCUCACCCCAAUGUCAAGAUAACAUUAAGAAACUGAUUGAAGAUGAGAUGGAAAAGGUCAAAGGAUUUGCAAAAGACUCCACUGUUCCAUUUAGAGAAAGGCUAAAGAUCAUGGCUGGGGUGGUUAAUCCUGAGGAUCUCCAGUUGAGUUCUACUGAAAAGAAGCUUAUGAACGCUUACAAUGAAAAACCAGUCCUCUCACGCCCUCAGCACAACUUUUUCAAGGGUUCUAAUUACUUUGAGAUUGAUCUGGACAUUCACCGUUUCAGCUACAUUGCAAGGAAGGGACUUGAAUCUUUCAGAGAACGUUUGAAAAAUGGAAUACUGGAUUUGGGUUUAACUAUUCAGGCACAGAAACCGGAAGAGCUGCCUGAGAAAGUGCUGUGUUGUGUGAGAUUGAGCAAGAUUGACUUUGUAGAUCAAGGCCAAAUACCAACUCUAGUGACCCUUGAUGAUGAAUGAUAAAUGAUAAAGAUGAUUGAGGGUGCAGGGCAUGCAAAAUUAGAGACCCCAGUUAAUGGGGAAGGUUCAAGUAUUUUACAUUCAACUUCUUAACCAUUCCAUUUCACUCCAGCCCUCUGUAAAUCAAAAAGAAACAAAAUAAAAAAAGUCUCUCUAUCUAAAUUGACAUAAGUUGUGAUAUGGAUCACAGCUUUGUAGAGCUUGUUGUCUUUGUACCACUUAUUUGUAAGCUGCUUUGCAGAUUGAGGAAUAGGGUGUCAAAAUGUUGGCAUGAAAAUUUGGAGCAAAUGUCUCAAAAUAAGUCCACUUUUGAUUUUCAAAUUAAAAUUUUGAUGAAUCAGAUCAUUAUUGUUGUUAUGACUAAUAAAAAAGUUAUUAAUGGAA